CAGUUUUGUCAGUCCAGUUUGUUGAAUUGACACAGUUAGGCGAACACACUUACGCUAGGGAACGUUUCGAUCACCGAAAUAAGGAAAAACCGUACUGAAAACACUCAUCGAAUUUUACACGGAAGUCGACCUAGUUAACCGGGUUAAAUUCAGUCAGUCUUGCUUAAAUUUGUGAAGGGUAAGUUGGAGCACAACAGUGUACCAAAUUGUGCUGACCUGGUCCUAGUCAUCUAAGCGUCCAAAUAGCAACGAUGUCCAGCUGCGACGUGCAAGCAACUGCAUCCGAGGAGGAGUUGAAGAGGACGGAGAACAAUAAAAACGACAAUAAUGUGAAAAAUUCCGAAGAAAGUCGACCAAUGCAUGUCGACAGUGAUGCGGAUGUCCACUCCUCGUCGGAGGGUGAGCUGCGGCCAUCUCGCAGCUCGGUGUCCAGGACCACUAGGAUUCCGGCUCCAGUUUUCAUGGGUCCCAGUAGCAGCAACCGAAUCUACAAUUCAGUGGUGGUCCAGCACAAGAGCCGCUCCUCUUUGGAAAACCAGCAGAUGACCGACGAUUCCGGCAUCAAUUUGGAGUGCCCGAUGGCCGAGUUGGAGACAUCGCUGUCGGCCAGACCAAGUCCAAUGCUGCAGACAAUGCUCGACAAUAUUCCGGCCACCAGCAGCGAGAUGAAGCUCCUAAUGGCAGAGGAGCAGACCCUCAGAGAACUUCAACGUGUCGUCGCCGAAAUGGAGGCCGAUGUGGCCCUUCAUAACUCGGAUAUGCAAAAUCUACAGCCCAGUGAUGACGAACAGGAUAUGCAGCUCCACAGUGAAGCCACCGAUGUUGGGAAUGGUGCCGAAAGGUUAGUUCUAGAUAUGGAACAGCCCGCAAAAAACGAAACACUCCAGGAAACUCUUCCAAGUGAAACUGAAGAGCUCCCGGCAGAAAAUGUACAGAUGGUGCACGAAGAAAUUGCGCAGAAAGAGGAAUUUUCAGAAAUAAAGGAAACUGCCGUGGAAAUAGAAUCUAUUAAGGAAUUCGAACUUUUUGAACAGUUGGCCGAUAAGCCAGUGGAAGAAUACACAGAGAUGGUCAAAGAGAUUCCGCAGGAUGCUAAAGGCGGGGAGUCCGAGAAAUCUGUACCCGAAUCGAUAAUGGGGGAACUCGAAAUGGUCUUAGGUGGAAGUUGCGAGUCCGAACAGGACAGGCUUAUCCGUGAACAAUUCGAGAAAGGUAUUGAAACAUCGGACCCCAUCUUUCAUCAACCGGCGGAUGAGAUUGGGUGCAUUGAUACGGAGCCGGAAGUGGUCGCCAUUCCCUUGAGGAGUGGGUCAGUCGAAAGCGAUCAUGGGAUGGUUACUUUGGAAGAACUUUUUGAUCCUGAGCGCAACGUGGAGCUAUUGCGUCAACUUAUGCAGACCAUAACAGAAGAAGCUGAAACAGCGCCAGACUUUACAGAAACAGAAAGUGAGCAAUCGGAAAAAAAGGAGAUGGAGGCGGAGGCGGAGGUGGAGGUGGGCACCGAGAUCGAGGAGGAAAUGGAUCCGGACCUAAAGCAAAGUGGCAAGCCCUUAACUUUCUUGCGGCGUCUGAUCAGCCACAGAAUUCUUAAGUUUAGCUAUCCCAUAUUAUUCUGCAGCUUGGCUUUUAGUUUGAUCUACAUAUCGCGCAAGGAGUAGAGGUUAACUUUUCUGAAAAUGCAAAUUGGAU